UCGUCUUCCCCAAAACCCUUUCAAAAUUCUGAACUGUAGAGAGAGAGAAACAGAUCAGAGGUGAAGAAGAAGCGUUUGAGCAAAUCGCGCGUUUUCAAUGAAUCAAGCGGUGCAGAAGAACACACUCUAUGUAGGAGGAUUAGCUGACGAAGUGAAUGAAAGUAUACUUCAUUCAGCAUUCAUACCUUUCGGCGACAUUAAAGAUGUAAAGACUCCCUUAAAUCAGGAAAAUCAAAAGCACAGAUCUUUUGGAUUCGUCACUUUCCUCGAACGAGAAGACGCCGUCGCCGCCAUGGACAAUAUGGACGGAGCUGAACUCUACGGUCGUGUUCUCACUGUCAAUUAUGCACUUCCAGAGAAAAUCAAGGGUGGUGAACAGGGUUGGGCUGCCCAACCAAUUUGGGCUGAUGCUGAUACAUGGUUUGAGAGGCAGCAACAAGAAGAGGAGAUGAUAAAACUUCAAGCAGAGAAUAAGGCUAGUAUGGAAUUAGCGGAAGAGUUGCAUAGGAAGAAGCUGGCGCAGGAAAGAGAUGGGGAGAAGGAUGAUGAAACCGAUGUUUCUGGUGAUCCUAUGGCGAAGGCGGAAUCAGACGCCUUGAAACAACAACAAGAAGAACAGAAUGGUUCUUAAUCAGACCAUGUUUUCACAUUAUUUUUCGUGUUUGUAUUGGUCAUUGAUGAAUGUGAGUGAAUUGAGUUACUCAUUUGUAAUCCUUUUUAAUGGGGAAAUAUGUACACCAUUUAGCCACAAAGUUUCUGAAAUUGGAGUAUUAGUUUAUCAUCUUCUUCGA